AUGGCUCCUUUGACAACGACUACGGCGGUGGCCCACCAGCUCAUACCCGUCCUGCCUUCUCCGCAGAGCUGGUUUUGGGGAUGGAAGCCGAUCCUCUCAUCACCACCAUCGCGGCGAGCCCCAGUUCCCCGCAGCCGAUUCGAGCAAUGUGUCGUCGUGCUCCUUCUCCUUCUCGUGACACUGGUGCUCCACGUGGCCCGCUUCCCCCUCAAGAGAUCUCAAUCCGAUAAGGCGGAGCAGGGGACGCCAUCCCAUUGCAUCAACGCCGAUGGUGCCGCAACCGCGGCGGCGUUCUCGCGCGGCCUCGACGCGCUGGCGUCGUGGGAAGAGGAGGCGGCGCUGCGCGACGGGGGGAACUGGUGGACGGAUCCCCAGGAGCAGCCGGCGCGGAGUCUGCAGCGUGCUGAUGAUUCGCGGAUAAUACGCGUGGCUGCGGUUACCGUUGAUGGUGCAGUGAAAUUUCACCAUAAGCAAGGGCGAACAGCGCAAUAUCGAGUCGUGCCGUUCUCCCCGCCGCCAGCAGCAGAAGGCAACGCGACGUGGGAUGACUUUUACCCGGAUGUUGGUAUAUACGAGCCCUUUAAUUCCUCCUGCCCUGCUGUCCCCCGCGCGUCAUGGGAGGAGGACGGAUUCAACGAUGACGUGGCAGACGCAGUGGUUGCGGUGGUUCCGUGUCGCCCGGAGCCCAACUCAAUGGCGCGGGACGUGCGAUGGCUGCAGGUUUUGCUGUCGAUCGCACGAUUCGCCAGUAAGUCCCAGCGUCCGUGGAUGCCGAUCGUGAUCGUGUCGCCGUGUCGCCCGCCGCUCAACCUCUUCCAUUGCAACUUCCUCGCGCGCCCGGAACCCGCCGCGCAAGCCGCCGCGCACGGCAUCGUGGGGGCGGGGCCGCAGGGCGACGUGUGGGUGUACAACGUGACGGCGACCGACAUGCGCGAGCGCAUCCAACCCCCCGGUUCGUGCGCCAUGGCGCAACCCACCGGGGGCGCCGCCACAGCCGUAGCGCAUUCCCCCUCCACCGCACCCCCGCGCUUCGCGUUCGUGACGGUGCUACACAGCAAGGACGACUACGUGUGCGGCGCCAUCGUGCUCGCGCACGCCCUCCGCACCACCGGCCUCGCGCUGCCCCCCGCGCUCAUCGCGGGGUACACCAGCGCGAACGCCAGCGGCGGAGGCGCGGCGCAGCCCGCGGAGGCGGAGCUGGUGGCGAUGGUGUCCGCGGAGCUGAGCGCGGACAGCCGCAGAGGCCUUGAGGCGGCGGGAUGGCGGAUUGUGGAGAUAGAGCGGGUGAGGAGUCCGUGGGCCAAGCCGGGUCAACACAGCGAGUACAACUUCAGCAAUCUGCGGCUGUGGGGGUUGGUAGAGUACAAGCGCAUCGUGUACAUAGACUCGGACUUCCUGCCCUUCCACUCCCUCACGCACCUCUUCCUCUACCCCGAGCUCUCGGCGGGUGGCAACGACGACCACCGCUUCAACGGGGGCAUGAUGGUCAUCGAGCCCUCGCUCUGCACGCAGGCAUUUCUCAUUGCCAACAUCCGCUACUUGGUCUCGUACAACCGCGGCUUCCAGGGCUUCAUAAACAACGCAUACCCCUGGUGGCACCGCCUACCAGACUUCACCAACCUGCUCAAGCACAAGCCACUCCACGGGCACGCCUACCCCGACGGGGGCCUGGCUGCGCAGAACGCUCUCUUCGCGUCCGACCCGCCCCAGAUGACCACCAUUCACUACCUUGGUCGGAAGCCCUGGGUGUGCUUCCGUGACUUUGACUGCAACCUGUCGGCGUCGCUGCACGACCUCAAGUUUGUGAACGAUGUUGCGUUCCGGCGCUGGUGGGCGGUGCACGACGGGAUUGACGAGAGUCUGAAGCAGUGGUGCUGGUUGAGUGAGGAGCUGAAGCAGGUGCUCUGGAGGGGCAUGAAGAAGCGCAAGCAGGAUGGGGUUGAGCCCGAACGGUGGAAUUAUACGAUUACUGACCCGAGGAAAGACCUGGUGCUGCCGUGGAAGGUUAAUCAGAGGACAUGGCCAGGAUGGCUUAGAAAGCUGAGUCCCUCCCGUGUAGCUGCAACAGCUUAA